CCCGCACUCGUCCCGGUAUUUCCCAUAUUUGGGUAUACACAUCCGGGAAUUUUUUGACUAACAUCACCGCCGCCAUGAUGAACAGGAGCGGCAUAAUGCGCCUCGAAACUCGAAGCCGAGCUAAAGAUGAUGUCAAACGGGUUAUGCUUUCAGUGGAGCGCGUAAGGAAAUGGUAAUUAUCAAAACCAUGUACACGUGAGCGUAGAUCUCUGCAAUCGGUCGGAAGUUUUUGAAUUUUUCCCAUUUCAGCCUUCAUUCAUUUUUCACACAAAAGACCUGAUCGCGCGAUAACGGAAGUGUUCCUGUAGUCUGUCUCAGAUUCUUACCUUUUCCCGACGAUAUCGAAACCUUUUUUUCCUUUCGCAGGGAAAAGAAAUGGGUUAACGUGGGUCCUAGCAGUUGUACGCUGAAAGUAUUCAAAUGGGUCCCUGGUAAGUGAAAAAAAAAAAUUAAGGACUUACCGCAGACUUGUUUAUGAGCGCACGUGGCCGACGCGCGACGAAAAUAGUAAAAUCAUCGGCUGCGAUCUGAUUUUAUGUGCACCGUGACUGUCGUUUUUCAUUGUGCGUGUAUUACGUAAUUGACCGGUAACAUUUACGUUGAUACAUGCAUGUUGUCAAUUUCAAAAAUACAUUUUCAUCAUAAGCAGAAUAUAAGUGUUUCAUAAUCAAGAUGAUUAGUUGGGCGAAAGCGAAUAGUUGCGUAGUGAUCAUGCCAAUCUUGCGAAAAUAUCGUUUUGCAAACUUUGAUAAGCUUAAAUAAUUUUCUUAUUUUAGUUGUUAUGAAAAUAUGGGCAAGAAAUGUACAUAGCUUCCUUGUAGGUAGCAAAAUUCCAUUGUGAGAGUUUCUUGUAACCUUAUUAAAAAAUAGGUACGCAAUGCGUACAGGUGUCUACUGCUAAAGUUCAGGUAAUAGAGCAAAAUAAGUGUGGAAAUUUAGGUUUCCUUUUAUCAAAAAUUGGAGAGGGUAUUUCUACUAUUUUUUCGUAUUGUUUGAGACCUAUUUCAAUGUGAUAGUGUGUACCGUGUGAUUGUUUUUGUUUUAUAAAGGUAGCGUUUGUUUUGCUAUUGUAAUAUAGAUUCUCGGGUAUCUUGGCAAGAGUGUUUAAAUGAAAUACGAUAUUUACUUCAAACGCAAUUAAUAGGGGAAGGGGGUUCCUGUGCUAUUUAAACAAACAUUUUUUGUCGUUAGUGUACCUUUUUAGCGGUAUCUUAAAUUCCGCAUACAGCUUGCCAGAAGGCACUUUUUUUAGACAAUUCGGGUGAUUUGGGUUAAGAAAUGUUUAUUAGCCAAUAUGUUAUGUACAUUAGAUGUAGUGCAUGGUUCUCGAGGUGACCGGACAUUUAUGUACUUUGAACGAUUUUACUUGAGAAAUGUUUGGAUAGAAUUUAAACAAGUACAAUACAUGGUUCCUCGUUUCUUUUGCAUACAAAUACACUUUAUGUAGUGCAAUCUGUUUUCUGCUGUUCGCCUAACGCACUAUUGUAUUAAUUUUUCAGUUACAAUAAUUAAAGAUACGAGAAAACCAAUAGUUGAAAAUACACUUGAUUAUUAUAAUAUAUUACACAGUUGUACAAAGUAAAUGUAAGCUUCAGCUAUCGUAUUUUGUUUGUAACCUUUGAAAGACUAUUAAUAUAAUCCUUACUUGACAUUUCUAAUUCCGAUUACUCCAUUCUAUAAUUUUGAAAACUAUCAUAAAAGUGUUAUUAUAAUCAAUUUUGUAAGCUUUCAAGAUUUGCACUGCCUACCACUGAAGUCUGAUGGUAUAGAAAAAGCGAAAAAGUUUUGUCUGACUAUUUAGUAUUCUAUAGAAGUUCGAUUAUGUGAUUGGACCGUGUAUUAAUUUUUAUUUUAAUAUUUUCAAUUUGAANAAUGAAAUACGAUAUUUACUUCAAACGCAAUUAAUAGGGGAAGGGGGUUCCUGUGCUAUUUAAACAAACAUUUUUUGUCGUUAGUGUACCUUUUUAGCGGUAUCUUAAAUUCCGCAUACAGCUUGCCAGAAGGCACUUUUUUUAGACAAUUCGGGUGAUUUGGGUUAAGAAAUGUUUAUUAGCCAAUAUGUUAUGUACAUUAGAUGUAGUGCAUGGUUCUCGAGGUGACCGGACAUUUAUGUACUUUGAACGAUUUUACUUGAGAAAUGUUUGGAUAGAAUUUAAACAAGUACAAUACAUGGUUCCUCGUUUCUUUUGCAUACAAAUACACUUUAUGUAGUGCAAUCUGUUUUCUGCUGUUCGCCUAACGCACUAUUGUAUUAAUUUUUCAGUUACAAUAAUUAAAGAUACGAGAAAACCAAUAGUUGAAAAUACACUUGAUUAUUAUAAUAUAUUACACAGUUGUACAAAGUAAAUGUAAGCUUCAGCUAUCGUAUUUUGUUUGUAACCUUUGAAAGACUAUUAAUAUAAUCCUUACUUGACAUUUCUAAUUCCGAUUACUCCAUUCUAUAAUUUUGAAAACUAUCAUAAAAGUGUUAUUAUAAUCAAUUUUGUAAGCUUUCAAGAUUUGCACUGCCUACCACUGAAGUCUGAUGGUAUAGAAAAAGCGAAAAAGUUUUGUCUGACUAUUUAGUAUUCUAUAGAAGUUCGAUUAUGUGAUUGGACCGUGUAUUAAUUUUUAUUUUAAUAUUUUCAAUUUGAAGUAAUCUUUCUGCUAUUUGAUCUGUGUUGGAAUCUCUGGUAAGGCUUAUUUUGGACAAUAAGCCUUCCAUGACAUCUGUCAGAGCAGUAAGCCAGCAAUCUUUUCCGUCUAUUUCGGCGCAAAGGCGUGCAGACAUUCCGUUUUGUGCGGCUUUAACUUUUUGACUUGUUCCACAUGAAGUGCAUUUGAGAACAGUUGAACCCACUGCAUGCGGCAUUUUUUUCUUGCAAGACUUUAUUUGGCAUGUCAUGAAGACAUUUACUUUGUCAACAAAUUUAAAUUCUUGGAUAACAAUUUCCUUCUCAGUAUUUGAAAGAAGCUGUGGGCCUUUCACUUCAGUUAGUUGGAGGUCUGCUUUUUGGAAUGUUGUUGUUGGUGUGGUACCCAGUAAUGUCAUUCCUGAAUAAUUCUUCACGCUAAGAUUUUGGAAGCUGUAAGUGUUUCCACUCUCUAGUUGGGUUAGCAAGUUAUCCCAGAUGUGUAUAGUGGCAGAACCGGUGCGAUCUUCAAUCACACAGUCUUCUUUUACGUAUCCCUUUUCGCCAUUGCGUUUAAUUACUUCUUUGUUAGGAUUUUGACCAAGUGUUAGGUGGCCUUGUACAUUAACCUUUUGAUUUCUUGUCAGAGUUUGGAUUUCAUUCAGUGUUAUAUCUGUCGCACUGGAGAUUGUUUCCUUGGCCUCCCCUUGCUUUGUCGAUGGAGCUGUGGACAGAAAGUUGACAUCACUGCUGCUAGCUUGGACAAUUGAGCUUGUUUGGUUGACAAAGAUUGUAUCUUCUUUUUCAUUAAUAUUGACAAUUUUAGCUGGACUUUUUGUAACUUGGAAAUGCAAUGCUUGAGCAUGUGAAUUCUUGUCAAAUCCAACCACUCUUGUGAAUUUAGUUGGUGAUGUUUGAAGGUCAAAAUUGUAGUACAAUUUUCCAGACCUUGCUUUUUUAAUGGGCGAUAAUGAGUGAACGUAACCAACGUCACUAUCUGCAAUAGAGCAAUAAUAAUGUGAGAAACACAUAUUAGAAGUGGAGAAGAGGAUAUAAAGAUAAUGUAAUGAGAGUGGAAGUAGCAUUAUGCAGCAUGGAGCUGUUGGUUAUUAUUGAUCUGUAAACAGCAAAAUUUACGGAAUUUUUCUUUAUCAGUCUUUUCGCAAAUAAAUCCUAUAAUUGUUAUUAAAUUAAAAUAGUUUAAUAUAUUACGUUAGUUGCAGUAAUAAAAAAGUAGCAGAUUUUGAAUUUUUUAGUAAAAGAAGACCUUCGGUGCAUGAAAAUGUAUUGAGUUGUAUUGAAUGUAAUUUAGGUAAGUUGUGAUGAUAUUGACCAAUAGUAAAUAUCUAAGACUAAUGUUUCUAUAUAUUAGGUACUUUUAUAUGUAUCUUAUUUAACGAAACGCUUCGUGAAUUUACAAAGUGAUAAAUACUCUACUUGGCCGCUUACCUUUUCGCUUUGAACUCUCAGCCAUUCUUCUCAGCUGAUGAAAAAAAAGGAAGGGAAGGGUUUAAAAAAAAUGCUUCAAUAAAAAAAUGUGAGAUCUUAUUAUACCACCACUUGGAAAUAACACAUGGAAUAAUUUGGGCAAGUUACAACAUGCGAUUUCUGAAAGAUUUUUUUCAGUUAGUUUUUGUUGUAGGUGAAAGUUUUAGCCAAAUAAUUGAAAGGGAAACGUAUAUUGUUAUUUUUACAGUAAAUAAUUGGCUCUUGUUAGCGUGUGUUUAAGGAAUGGUUUUCAUUAACAAAUAUUAUAUGGGAAGGCUAACCAGAUGGCUUUAUGAUCAGUGAAAUAUGUUUCUAAUGUUCCUGAAGUGGUAUCAGCAUGUGAAUGUGGUAGGAAAUUUGUGUAUAUGUGGUCAAUUGUUGUUCUGUUAUCAGUUGUAUAAUGUGAAAUCAGUUGUUUAUAAUUUCUUUCUGUCACAAGAAGGUUAUAGAGAGGUCUUCUUUCAAUUUCAUUCAUCCAGUUAACAUUAAAAUCUCCAAUGAUAAUAUUGUAUUGGAAGGAAAUGUUGUCCAAUACUUGAAUAAGUGACUGGCAUAAAAGUGUGAGAGAAAUUUUUGGUGAACGGUAGAUUGCUGUUAUUGUUACAUUUGGCAGGGUAGAUACUUUUACAACUGUUAUCUCAAUGCCAUUUGUAUUGGAAUUGUAGGGGAAGCCAGGUGCAAAAGAGUGUCGACUAUAAAUUGCAGUACCACCAUAGGGUCUUGUGUUAAAAACCUGGUUAUCAUUUCGAAACAAAUGAUAUCCUUGUAUGAUGUACAUGUUAUCAUCAUCAAGUGGACUGAACCUAGACUCUGAGCAGAUAAUUAAAUCGGCACUGUUGAAAUUGUGUUCGUUGCGUAAAUCGUCAAUAUGUUUAUGAAGUGAUCUUGCAUUUAGAAAACAUAAUUUGAAAAAAGAUGAACUAAGUUCAUAAAGGCGAGGAACACAAAGGUUAAGGGAGGCCUUUGUUCGUAAUCUGACCAUUUCAGUUUUAACAUCCGAAUGAACGUGAAUUUUGCUCUCACAUAGGUCCGUAAUGUACAAUCCUUCAAUAGCUGUUACUCGACUUAACGCAACAUAAUGUACAUGAGGUAUUUUCCUUUUUGUUUCCAAAUUUACAACUAUUCUUGUUUCAGUAUCCCCCUGAGAUCGAUGUACAGUUUUAGCAGCAGCUGGCCGUAAAGGAAAUUGCUUUCGAACAACUCGAGCACUUUUGGUUUUGCCAACAGCAAACUGCACAGUCACAGGUUUUAUUGGAGUCCAAGUGUGUUGAAUUGAUUGCGUAUAUAGAUGCCUAUUUUCGUGUCUUGUUCUUUGCCCUACAUUGCUGUGGUCAAAUAAUACCCAAAUUAUUCCAGUUGGUUUUUGUAUUUGAUGUAGCUGAAUGAAUUUAACCACUCCAGCUGCACCAUUUGUAAUGCCAUCUUCUGUCCGUACAUUUAUGGCUGUUUCUACUCUUUCACCUUCACUCAGUUUAAGAUUUGAUCUUAGCUGUUUAGUUUUUCUUGGAUCGUUAGGUAUUUGGUUCAUUAUCUUCCUCCUUAGUUCUAAAGAAUUUGCUCCAACUACACUGUCCUGUGCUUUGACAUUAAACUUUUUGUUUAAAGACGCAUUGUGAACUUUUUCGUUGAACUCAUUAACUUUUUUGUUCUGUAUAAAUAAGUGAGGUGCAUCUGAGGGGUAUGUUGAGCUAUUUGGUGUAAUAAGUCUAUCUUUUACUUUUAAGAGAUCAUCGUUUGUGUGAUUUCCUUCUCUAAGUCUGUUCAAAAUUUCUGCAAAUGCUUUACUCUCUCUUUGCCUCAUGAUUUCAUGAAGCUCAAACAUUUUAAAAUGCUCUUUCCAUAAGUUUGGUAGAAGUACCCCAUAUUGCAAAUCUUCAAUAUCGUUAAAAAUAUAACCAUCCAUAACUGGCUUUAGCUGAAAUAAAUCCCCUAUUGCAAUGAUACUAACUCCUCCAAAAUCAUCUUUACUGCCCUUUAUAUCUUUUAAUCUGCAGUUUAUCUGAAUAUUAAACAUGCAGUUACCAACCAUAGAAAUUUCAUCCACAAAUAUUAGUUUAAGUUUUCCGAGUUUACACCUAAGGGUAUUAAGUCUACUAGAAUCGAGGGGCUUGUAAUUUUUUAGUGAUUGAUUUGCUGGUAUCGCCAAAGCACUAUGUAUAGUGUUUCCUUUUAUGUUGUAACUUGCCUUCCCCGUUGGUGCUAGUAAUAACACUUUUAUGUCGUGGAAAUCUUCUCCUGCAUUAUGGUUAUAAUAUUUUAGAGCUGCUUGAUAUAGCGCUUUAACGAGCCAAGAUUUACCAACGCCAGCUCCUCCACUUAGAAAGCUGUAAAAUGGCUUGUCAGACGUUUUAAUGAGAUGUAAAAUAUGAUAAAAGAACUCUUUCUGCUGUUUGUUUAACUUUUGGACCAUUUGUCGGUAUUCUUGAUCAGGCAGUUCAUUUAAUAUAAGAACAUCAUCAUUAGCUGUAUUUGGAGUAAUGCCAAUGUCUUCUGAUAAAUCAUACGUUUCAUUGAAGUCAGGAUGCAAGUCAUUUAGACCUUCAGUUUGAUCUUGGAGCUCUGUAUGCUGUGUGUUUGGUGCAAUUGUAUCAAAGGAAUUGUCGUCUACAUCUUUCAAAUGUUUUUGAAUUUCAUCUAGUUGUUGACUGAAAAAUGCAUACUGGGUCAUCUGUUUUGAGAUUUCUUCUUUUAAGAGGCAGAAGCGUUCUUCAAAUGUAGAGCAAUUCCGUAUGAGGUCUGUCUUUUCAUUUCUCCAUGGAGAAAAAAGCAUAAUUAAUUCACGGUAAUGUUUUUCGGGGUUAGUCUCUUUGUUAAACCAAACACUUCUUAUAAUCCUUGCUUUUGACCGUUUCUUACUUUUAUCAGCGUCUUCAUUAUUAUUCUCAGAGUCAUCAUCACUAUUUUUUUCAUCGAUACAGUGUUCCUGUAGUAGACUAUCAGCAUCAAAUUUUCGUGUUUUCUUCCUAUAAGGUUUUCGAUAUGAAUCAUACCAUGCUGCCCAAUCUGCCAAAGUCACGUUAGUAAAGUUAUGAGGCCUUUCAGUAUAUCUUUUGAGAAGACCUCCGGUGUGUAUGUCUUCACAAUCAUCUUCCAUCAUUUCAAUUUCAUUCAUAGACUUCAAUAGGUCAACUCUUUCAUCGGGAGGCGCAGUAGGUAUAAAUAUUACUUGUCGUGAUGAUUUUUUCAUUGGAAUUUGAAGCACUAAAUAAACUGCUUCUUGGGCUGAUAUUUCUACACUGUUCAGAAAUUUAUUGCCUAUAUCUCUUACUUGCUGUUUUAUGCUAGCAUUUCCAUUCUUAGCCUCAUCACACGCCUUUCGAAGUAAUUCACUCAUACCUUUCUGUGCUUUUGAUAUAUAGGAUACAAUGUACACUGCACAAGCAUAAACAUCAAGGAUAAAUUGUAUGUCCAUGUUAGCUCUCCACGCGCUGAGACACGGUGCAUUGUAGUUGUUAAUUCUUAACUCAUUUGGCUUCCUUUUUAGGAAUACAGUUGGAGAAUUAAGUGAUGAACGCAAUGCUAGUAGAUAAUCUUCUUCCGUUACAUUUAGAUGAGACAGAAGCUCAUUAAAAGUAAUACUUUGACCUUCUUUUAGGUCAUUUAAUUCUUUCUUAAUACGUGUCCACAUUUCUUUAUAAUUUUUAAGCAAGUGUGGUUCAAUGUCCUUAUCAAGAGGAUGCAAGAUCUGAGUUGUUUCCAUAGGAGGCUGUGGAUAGUUGAAUCUACAUUCAUUUUUCUUUCUUUUCCUACACGAAUGUGAAUGUCGAUGAAUUUGCCUGUUCACUAAGGUGAUUAGGUUUAAAUUGCCAGAUGGCUUUUGGCAGGUAAUAAUGCUAUCAAUGAACGAGAUGACUUCAUUAUCAUCGUCGAUUCCAAAUAUUGGUGCAUUUUUUAUCCAUAGCAACAUGUGGAUAUGAGGUGAACCUCUUUGCUGAUAUUCAACUCUAUAAAACCAAUCAGAAAUUGAUCCUAACGGUGAAACAUUACUCAUGAGAAAAGUGCUCAAAAACUGAUUGAAUUGGUAAUCAAAAUGUCUUGCACAUGUUACUGGAUCGCUUUGGAUUAAUCUACAUUUCUGUUCCCAAUUUAAGUUCACAAGUUCAUUAUCAGAAUAUUCUUUACCAUCCACCAAUUUACCAAGAAUUUUUAAUAGGUGUAUCCACUGUGUCUCUGCAGAAGAAAAACUACAAAAUAGAGUUGCUGGGCCUAGCUGUCUUAUCAUUGCAAAGAGAUCUUUUUUAGCAGUUUCAAAAUAAGGCGGGGAACCUCGUAAUGCUCUUAAAAAUUUAAACCCUUCAUCAAGAUGAACUAAUUUUUCUAAAGCUCCUUGCUUUUUUAAAUGCCCAGCAGUAAGAGAACUGUUGAGACCUUUGCAUUUUCGCAUUGCAAUCUGCGAUUUACCUAAGAGAAUUUUCAUUUGUAACUUUUUGGCUUUAAAAAAAAUAUUUUCAACGCACAUUGCUGCUCUUCGAUCGGAACGUCGCAAUUCAGAUUUACAUAUAUCACUAUAAUGAACUGGUACAAGUCGUUUGUCAUUUUCAGUUCGUUUUUGACCUAAAAAUAUACCAGGGUAUGCUAAUUCCUCAGAAAAUUUGUCUCUAAAAAUACUAAGAGGAGUAGAGCCUUCAGCUGGUGCAACAUUAAGAAUAUUCUCGCGUUCGUUUUCGUCUAGAAAGUCAGUAGCUGUUAACAUGGUGUCUGUAACUCCUGCUGGUAUUUCAUCUUCAUCCUCACUCCAAUUAUUCUCAUUUAUACAUGAUAACUGAUUAUCUGCAGUUUUAUUUUCAGAAUUGCAUGUGAUCACAUUUUCACUAUUUUCUAAAGACUUGUUGUGUGGCUUAUCUUGAGUUCUCGAAAUAUUCUCAACAAAAUUUGAUUGCCAGUCACAGUUAACAGUUAUUCCCUCUUCUUUGUAAAGAUCACUAUUAGUGAUAAGCCAAUCGGCUGCUUGCACCACUUUAUGCGGUCUUACAUUCAACGAUAAUGCAAAACUCUUAUAUUGCAAUUUUCUUUUCAACUGUACUUUAAUUGUUCCAGUUUCAUUUUCUAACCUAGGUAGUAGGUUGACUGUGCUACUGACAUCUGCUGGUACAUUAACAAUAUUUCCAUUUAUUUUCAAUUGAUUUCCUCUUGGAGCCUGCAUUAGUUUUACAAAUGCUAAUCGUGGGGCAAGUAAUCUCCAUUCUAACUCAUUUAAGUCCAAAAAUGGUGGUUUAGUUUGAAAUUGCAUCCCAUUAACAGCAGCAAAUGGUGGAACUUUAUUUUUUUUUAAAUGCAUUUUGCAUGUGUUACAUAACCACUCUUUGUUGUCCACACUUGUUUUAUUCAACAGACAUUCGGAAACAUUUGGAUUACUUAAUUUAAAAUUGUCCGCAAGGGAAACACUAUGUUUGUACCAUAAUUGAUCACAACAAGUACAGAUGUAAAGUGGACCUUUGGAGACAAUAGUAUGAAAAUUGGAAAUUAGAUUAUCAAUAGACCUUUCAUACUGUUUAUUUUCAUGAAGUCUUUCUUCUGUAUCAUUCUUUUCUGCAAAUAUUGGUUGCUGUAAAUUUUUAGAUUGUGGAAGUGCACCUGAUGUAUGUUUGUUUUGUGCAGCAAUAAACCGUUGUGUGUUUUUGGGUUGUGCGAGUCCCUCUGCUGUAGUUUUUCUUUGUUCAGUUUGCCGUUGCUUUGUGUAUUUACAUUGUUUGGAUAGCCUUUUUUCUCCACAGUCACUAUUUUGAUUGGCGUUUCUUUUUUGUGUGUUUUUGGAUUGUGCAAGUUCCUCGGCUGUGGAUUUUUUUUGUACACUUCGCCGUUGCUGUUUGUAUUUACGUUGUUUGGAUAGCCGUGUUUCUCUACACUCAUCGUUUUCGUUGGCCCUUCUUUUUCUCAUAUAUGUCCUGAAAUAAUCAUUUUUGUGAUAUUCAAUGGCGGAAGAACUCUUUGAUUCAUGUAUGCUAGUGCUGCAACUGUUUGUUAUUUGUGUUCUAAAUAAUUCUGGAACAUCUGGAACUGUAGAGACAUAAUGAACCUCAUUUAUGUGGCCUAAGUAAAUAGUCCUUUGUUCUCCUUGUAAGGUCACGGCAGGUUCAAUUAUUGUCCUCUCUGUAAAAUUUUGAUGAGAUUCUAUGAUAUGUAGUGUUAUACCUAGUGCAUUUGCUACAGCCUGCACUAUGAGACCAUCACACCAUGUUCCUUGCAUGGACAUAGUAUUUAAAUAGCCUAACCAUGAAUUUGCAACAUUGCUCUCAAUAAAUUCUUCUGGGUGUUCCUUAAGAUACUGAAUACCAGCAUCUCGAAUUGCAAAAUGACAAUCUGGAGUGCCACACAACUGAUGUGAAACAGCUUUAAAAAAACAAUCUCCAUCACCACCAACAUCUAGUGGCCUUAAGCCGAUCGUUCUUAAUCUUUGUGUUAAUAAAGCAAAUGGCAAUUGUGUGGGUCCUGGAUUCAGUUCAAUAUCACCGGAAAUUAACAGUUUCCUUCUUGCUACACGAAAUAUAUCUUGAAGUAGUGAUGACCUUAAUGAGACAUGUAAUUUACUCUCUCUUUGAAAAAGAAAGGAAUUUGAGUAAGAAAUAAUUGGAUAUCUCUUUAAAAUCUUUCGUCCUGAGGAGCUAAUCUUAUCAAAUGAACUGUUUUUGAUUUCUUUGUUUUUCGCUGAGGUACUCAAGCAGACUACCUUAAUAUUACGACGCUUACAAUAAAACUUGCUGAAGAAACAAUCGUUUCUAUAUUUAUGCAUCAUAUAGUAAGUUUUAUAGUUAGCUGCUAUGCUUCUUAGUCUAGAUGAAGGGGGAGACAAAUUCCUGAGUGUUAAUUUUCGAGUUCUUCGAAGCACUCGUUUCUUCAUUGACUUUAAAAUCUUUUUCAAAUUUAUCCUAGAUGGUUCACGGCUCCUACUUUUAUACGCUUUAUAACCUCUUUCUCUUUGUCUUACUGUUUUCCUCCAAUUAUUCUCAUGUAGAUCUACUUGAUGCAAGUAUGUAACAUAUACAUCACGACCUCCAUCGCCUUUUGUCAAGUGCAAGCUCACCAUAUGUUGACUUUUGUCACACAGAGUCUCGAGAACAUCGAUAAAUUUCAUACGAUACUUGUAUUUAACACUUUCUGUAAAGUUUAAAGAAAAUUGAAGAUUUAGGACAGGAAUAUAUAAAAACAGUUUUCUUGAAGCCAAUUUAUUCUUGUGAAAUGUGCAAACUAAUUUGUGGCAAAUCAAGUUGUCAUAUUUUGUAUUGCUGUUGCGCAAAACUGCAAUUGCUCGCAUUCCUUCCUGACUGCAAAACUCUGUUACUUUUACACAUUUAGAAAGAUCGAGAACAUAUGGAAGGUAAAAACGGUAACUAAAAGACAGUAGAUUUGAAAACAACCCAAGGUAUAGAGAAGAAAGUAGAAGGUUAGGGAAAGGAAUAUAGGUAAAAAGAUCUCUUAAAUCCAAUUUAUUCUUGUGGACAGGAUAAAGAUAUUUUUUUACAAUUGCCCGCAUUCCUUCCCGACUACAAAACUCUGCCUGAUCACUUACACAAUUGGCGAGAUCGAGAAAAUAUGGAAGGUAAAAACGGUAACUAAAAGACAAUAAAUAUGAAAAUAGCCCAAAAUUGAAGUUAAAGAAACAAACAUACUGUUCUGGAGAGCUCACAACUCUUAGUAAGCUUCCUGCUUUUUUGCUUUUCUCUAAUGAGUAGGACAUUUUAUUUGUAUUCUGCUUUUGUAACCGUGCUAGUGUGCCUCGAGUUUGAGACCAAAGUGGGUCGAUUUGUGCCCGAAGUGGGUCUAUUUUUGACCAAAGUGGGUCGCUUUGUGAAUUUCUAAACAUCUUCAAGGUUCUGUGAACAACAGACAGCGUUGUUUCAUCGGGUGCUAGAAGAAAGCAGUUACGAUGCAUGUCUCAUUCAUUGGCCGAUUAAACUGCUGCGAAGUAAAUAAUGCUCCAAAACAUUAAAUUGUUUCUCCAACUUUUUACGUGAAAAGUUAAUUACAAAAACAAAUUACAAAACUAAAACUUACCCUCAGCAAAACACGCUCCGUAUAUUCCCACUACUCUGAAGUCUUCACCGCACGCCCAAACAGCAUACAAUGACUGCACUGAGUUAUCUCGUUCCAUGACUUCAGUUUAUAGGGAUUUAUGUUCGGACAUAUUUAAUCGCUCUGUUUCACUUGUGAUUGGUUGAGAUUGGAAGUGCGAUAAUUUAUUGACUACCUACGGAUUAUCGAUUUUANUUUUAUUUUUUUUUUUUAAUUUUUUGUUGUUUUUGUGGGAGUUUUAUGUUUUAGAUAAGUUUUUUUGAACUUUUAUUUGCCUUAAAACCGCCUUUGUUUAGAGGCUCCUUCCAAGGGAAGCCCCUGGGGGGGGUGGGGGGGGGGGAUGUGGGCAAUCCCAUCCCCUUGGAGAGAGAUUUGAACAAGUACACUUUCUCAGGGUAUUGGGCAUUUGAUUGUUUCAGCAGAGAGACUGGGACCAUGUAUGUAGUGUGAGUACACCAAAAGGUAGCCUGUGAGCAAGCUCUCCUAUUUUGGGGCCUUUCGCCGGCCCCUCGCGGCUUCGCUGCCCGCCCGCGCAUUCUCGCGAGACUUGCUUCACUCGCCCAAAUAGGAGAGCUUGCUCGCAGGCUAACCAAAAGGCAUGUUGUUUGAUAAGGUGCAUUUUUCUUCAUGUCUAUUUCCUAGUUUGGAGACCACCUUGUGGCUUUGCUACUUUUACAAGUAAACCCCUGAGGUAGAAGUGACUCUUUGUGCUAAACAAUAAUGAAAUAUUUAAUAGAAGAGGAAAGGUCUUUUAUAUAUCAGUGAAACAAAAUAUAUAUCUAAAGAGAGGUCUUAUGAAAGGUGUUUCACUCAUCUUUGAAGAUCAAAGAAAGUGCAUUUUGAAGGGAAAAUUAUAUACAGCAUUGCUUUUUAUGGAGACAAAAUAUAGGUCAUACAUCAUGUUGCCUCAUAAUGAGGAUAGGUUAAGUCAGGUUUGUGACUUACUUAUGGCCUUCACUCUUUUUCUCUUCAUGCUGCUAAACAAUGGAAUUAACUGCCAGAUAGAAAAUAAUUUAAAGCAGUGUGUAAAUAGUUUUUGUAAAAUACUUCAUAUAGUCUUAUGUUCAAUUAACUUUCCAUAAGGUUUGUUGUUUAUCUUUUUUUUUUUGUUUCCCUUGGAAAGAUGAGCUCCUUAAGGCUACUCUUAAAUUCAAAGAGAAAUAAAGUUUUUGUUUGACCAAGGCAGGAUUAGCUCAGGCGGUAGAGCUCUUGACUGCAGAGCCUGAGGUCGCAAGUUUGAUUCCUGAGGUCAGACCAACACUCACAGUCUUCAAAUAACUGACAAAUGAAGGUACUGCCUUAAUUUGCCCUGCAAAUGGCCAGACGUAAAAUGGUGGUCCUGUCUUCAGUAGGAGACGUAAAAAUAGUGUCCCCAAUUAGUGCUUUCGGGCUUAAAGCAUUGGCACUCUAAUAAAGUGCACUUUUUUAUGUAUCUAUAUGACAUCCAUCAUGAAUUGAAAAGGUCUCUCUCUUGGUGGGGAUUUUUAGCUCUAUUUGAUGAAGAUAUCCUUCCCCACCCUCAGGAAUUGUCCAAAAUUUUUACUUUUUGAUCAGAUCCCCAACCUUUGCCCACACUCUCCUUCCCCUGACACAGGGUUUACGUUGAUAGACAAUGUAUUAGUUAAAAACAAAUACUAAUCUCCGGAGAAAUUUCUUUCUUACAGUGAGUCAAGAUCAGAACAAAGAGGUAAGUCUUGCAGGGAUUUUGAUUCAAAGCUUUUAUAUUGUAGUAGUAGUAGUAAACCUUUAUUUAACUAGGGUAAUCCCUUCAGAAUACUUAAAAGUAUAUCUAUUAUCAAUAGGAGCCCUGUAUGUAUCAUUGCAGUAAAUAAUUAUUAUUGACAACUAUGAGCAGCUAUUAUUUAUCUCAUUAUCGUAUUGCUGUUAACUGAUAGUGCUAAAUGAAUAUUAUUAUUUAUUAUAUUAAAAUAUUGUCAUUGGCUCAAUCAGCAUUCAUUUAAUUAGCUUUCUCAAUGUUUUUUUGUUUAUGUAAAAUGGCUUAUAGGAAAAGAACAAGGGAAAGAAACGUGUAACUACAGACAGUGGAGCAGGUGAGUUAACAGAACUCAUGGUUUGAGAUAACUUGCUGGACAUGUAGGUACUGAAGAUGUUAUCCAGUCAAACCCAUCUUUAGUAACUUGUCCACGUGCUUUGUUAGCUGGCCAAAUAUCAUUAAGGAAUAACUUAAAACAAAGAAAGAAAACAAUGAAAGAAAAGACAAUCCUUUUAAUUAUACUGCAAAUGAAGUAUUAUACGCUUUGAAAUAUAAAACCGCCAAGUAAGGGGCUAAUAUUGUAUUAACUACCCCAUGGAAAUGUUGUAAGGACACAAGUUUUACACUCUUUAAGAUCCUGACCCCGUACUGCAGAAAUUGCGUAGAACGCAACAUGUUUCAUAUGAAGGUAUUGUUUGUAUGCAAGACAUUGUAAAUUGCUGCACGCAAAGGUAUUAAUUUGGGAACUGUUUUCUUCUAGCAGCAGAUGAUGGUGACAAAGACAACCAGUCAGUUAGUUCAAGUGUUGGUGAAACUAAUGACAGUGCUGCAUCAUCUCCAAGCUCCUCACAGCAGCAGGUCAAUGAACUAUCAACAAGUGCUGUUACUUCUUCCAAGUUCCAACCAGUGGAUCCUCUUCAACUGAGUAAUGCUGGAGCACCCUCAGCUGGCGAUAACAGUGGUCAUCCUACAAAUACCAGUCCUAUAAAACGGAGGGCAAGCCAGGCUGAAGAGCUGUUGAAAGCUCAAGAUGCAGGAGGUAUGGUGUACCUGUAAUUACAUACAUAAGAGGUUAUUCAGUAAACUAGAGGAAGUGGUCAUUUUGGAAGUUGAAAGUUCAACAAGUUUCACCCCUGAAAAGAGAUUUUAUUAGUUCCACUGUUUUUACUGUAGCUGAGUUACUGUAUCAAUAUUUUUCUUACAUACUAAUUGUUCAAGAGCUUUGGUCUGUGAGAAUAUUAUAGACCGUAGAAAGGAUGUGAUGGUGCAAUGUUUCAACAGACUUCACUAGUAAAGUUUUGUUGUCAUUUCUAUGGUCUUUAAGAAUAGACCAUGGAAAAUUUAUUGUUUUCUGUGUCAUGGUUCAUAANGCAAAGGUAUUAAUUUGGGAACUGUUUUCUUCUAGCAGCAGAUGAUGGUGACAAAGACAACCAGUCAGUUAGUUCAAGUGUUGGUGAAACUAAUGACAGUGCUGCAUCAUCUCCAAGCUCCUCACAGCAGCAGGUCAAUGAACUAUCAACAAGUGCUGUUACUUCUUCCAAGUUCCAACCAGUGGAUCCUCUUCAACUGAGUAAUGCUGGAGCACCCUCAGCUGGCGAUAACAGUGGUCAUCCUACAAAUACCAGUCCUAUAAAACGGAGGGCAAGCCAGGCUGAAGAGCUGUUGAAAGCUCAAGAUGCAGGAGGUAUGGUGUACCUGUAAUUACAUACAUAAGAGGUUAUUCAGUAAACUAGAGGAAGUGGUCAUUUUGGAAGUUGAAAGUUCAACAAGUUUCACCCCUGAAAAGAGAUUUUAUUAGUUCCACUGUUUUUACUGUAGCUGAGUUACUGUAUCAAUAUUUUUCUUACAUACUAAUUGUUCAAGAGCUUUGGUCUGUGAGAAUAUUAUAGACCGUAGAAAGGAUGUGAUGGUGCAAUGUUUCAACAGACUUCACUAGUAAAGUUUUGUUGUCAUUUCUAUGGUCUUUAAGAAUAGACCAUGGAAAAUUUAUUGUUUUCUGUGUCAUGGUUCAUAAAGGAUUCAUUAGCUUUUAUUCCAGGACUUUUCCAGGACUUAAUAACAAAAUUCAAGGGGUUAAUUUUCUCAGGCACUCGCAUUAUUUUGUCACAAAUGUUACAUAUUUUGCACAGUUGUGCCAACAAACCAAUACCUGUAAGUUCAAAUAACAUCCUAAAACCAAAGGAUAACAGCUUUUUCGGAGUCAAAUAAAUUUCACACUCCUUCAAGCUGUAUUUCCCUCGUGGUUUUGUUUGCUUAGAGGGGUGCUGUAGAAUACACUUCGGAGACCCCAUUUAAGGUGUGGUUGCAAAUAUACUUUGAAUAAGAAAUACUUAAUUGUCCUGGAAUAGAAAGCUCUUCGUUGUUUGAGACUGUAAAGGUGUUUCUCAGGAGUUCUGUCAAUCUAUUGCUGUCAAAAUUAACUUACUUUGUUGUAGCAGGGUGCAAAGAAAAUCAUUUGUACUGCUUGCCAUUUGGGCAGGGUAAAGUUAGCAUUUACUAGCCCAGACGUCAUUUUAACUAUCCCCAAAAGCUUUUUACGGAGCAGAAUUGAUUUCACAGUUCUUCUGUUAUUCAAAUUCCUCAAAAAACAUCACUUGCCCGUCGGGCAAGUUAAAAACAGAAUUCACUAGCCCGAUAACAAAAUCCACUAGCUCCGGGCUAUCGGACACAACUUUCUUUGCACGCUGUGUAGUCUCCAGUUUUCAAAGAGUUUUUAACAAAAUUCAAGCACCACUUCUUCAAAUCAUUUUCAAGGAGUUUUCAAGGACCUAGCAGUCUCUCAAGGAUUAUUCCAGGCCCAUGCGAACCAUGUGUUUGUUAAAUUAAUAUAAAAUAAGACACCAUUUAUAUCAUUAGGUUCGUGAUGAAUGACAUUAUUUCUUUCUGUUUACUUGUUUUAGUGGUUAUAUUUACCUUCCCAUUUAUUUCUGUUUUAAGUUGUGGUAAGGUGUGGAGUGGUUACCAGAUUAUUAUAAUCUUGAGAACCUUCAGCAAACAACUUUACACCUUUUAAUAGUGGUCAAAAAAUGAAAACAAAAUCCACCCCUGACAGUACAGAAUGGAUUAUCCCCAUACAUAUCUGUCUCAAAAACUAAGAUGUUACAUUUAUUGUACAUGUAUUUCUUUUUUCAGUGAACUUUGAAGGCAGUGACAAAGGAAGUAUUGGGAUGGAUGAAAAUUCUUGCAGCGGAUUUGAUCUAAAUGAAGACAGUAAUUUAACAAGUAUAAAUGAUGGUAAUAAUGAUGACAAUGAAUCGAAGUAAAUAAUGCUCCAAAACAUUAAAUUGUUUCUCCAACUUUUUACGUGAAAAGUUAAUUACAAAAACAAAUUACAAAACUAAAACUUACCCUCAGCAAAACACGCUCCGUAUAUUCCCACUACUCUGAAGUCUUCACCGCACGCCCAAACAGCAUACAAUGACUGCACUGAGUUAUCUCGUUCCAUGACUUCAGUUUAUAGGGAUUUAUGUUCGGACAUAUUUAAUCGCUCUGUUUCACUUGUGAUUGGUUGAGAUUGGAAGUGCGAUAAUUUAUUGACUACCUACGGAUUAUCGAUUUUAACAAACUUUUUCUACAGUUUUCAUGAUGUUCAUGGCUUAGUGUCUUCUGCGCAAGCGCAGUAGACACAAAAAUAUUGAAAUUUAAUAUUUUUAUAAGGUUACCAGCAAGUCUCAAAGUUUUUAAAUUUGUAUUUUUAACAUUUGAUAAUUAUUGUGGGAGUCCAAUGUUUUAGACAAGGUCUUGGCACCUUGGAUUUUCCUAACAACCUCAGUUGUUUAUAUGCAUCUACCAAUGUAAACCCCUGUGGGGGGUGGGGGGGGGAUGUGGGCAAUCCCAUCCCCUUGGAGAGAGAUUUGAUCAAGUACACUUUCUCAGGGUAUUGGGCAUUUGAUUGUUUCAGCAGAGAGACUGGGACCAUGUAUGUAGUGUAAGUACACCAAAAGGUAGCCUGUGAGCAAGCUCUCCUAUUUUGGGGCCUUUCGCCGGCCCCUCGCGGCUUCGCUGCCCGCUCGCGCGUUCUCGCGAGACUUGCUUCACUCGCCCAAAUAGGAGAGCUUGCUCGCAGGCUAACCAAAAGGCAUGUUGUUUGAUAAGGUGCAUUUUUCUUCAUGUCUAUUUCCUAGUUUGGGGACCACCUUGUGGCUUUGCUACUUUUACAAGUAAACCCCUGAGGUAGAAGUGACUCUUUGUGGUAAACAAUAAUGAAAUAUUUAAUAGAAGUGGAAAGGUCUUUUAUAUAUCAAUGAAACAAAAUAUAUAUCUAAAGACAGGUCUUAUGAAAGGUGUCUCACUCAUUUUUGAAGAUCAAAGAAAGUGUAUUUUGAAGGGACAAUAAUUAUUUACAGCAUUGCUUUUUAUGGAGACAAAAAAUAGGUCAUGCAUCAUGUUGCCUCAUAAUGAGGAUAGGUUAAGUCAGGUUUGUGACUUACUUAUGGCCUUCACUCUUUUUCUCUUCAUGCUGCUAAACAAUGGAAUGUGUAAAUAGUUUUUGUAAAAUACUUCAUAUAGUCUUAUGUUCAAUUAACUUUCCAUAAGAUUUGUUGUUUAUCUUUUUUUUUGUUUCUCUUGGAAAGAUGAGCUCCUUAAGGCUACUCUUAAAUUCAAAGAGAAAUAAAGUUUUUGUUUGACCAUAGCAGGAUUAGCUCAGUCGGUAGAGCUCUUGACUGCUGAGCUUGAGGUCGCAAGUUCGAUUCCUAAGGUCAGACCAACACUCACAGUCUUCAAAUAACUGACAAAUGAAGGUACUGCGUUAAUUUGCCCUGCAAAUAGCUAGACCUUUGUGUUCCUCAGAUGACCACGUAAAAUGGUGGUACUGUCUCCAGUAGGAGACGUAAAAAUAGUGUCCCCAGUUAGUGCUUUCGUGCUUAAAGCAUUGGCACUCUAAUAAAGUGCACUUUUUUUAUGUAUGUACAUGACAUCCAUCAUGAAUUAAAAGGUCUCUUGGUGGGGAUUUUUAGCUCCAUUUGAUGAAGAUAUCCUUCCCCACCCUUGGGAAUUGUCCAAAAUUUUUACUUUUUGAUCAAAUCCCCAACCUUUGCCCGCACUCUCCUUCCCCCUACACAGGGUUUACGUUGAUAGACAAUAUAUUAGUUAAAAAUAAAUACUAAUCUCCGGAGAAAUUUCUUUCUCACAGUGAGUCAAGAUCAAAACAAAGAGGUAAGUCUUGCAGGGAUUUUGAUUCAAAGCUUUUAUAUUGUAUGUAUCAUUGCAGUAAAUAAUUAUUAUUGACAGCUAUGAGCAGCUAUUAUUUAUCUCAUUAUGGUAUUGCUGUUAACUGAUAGUGCUAAAUGAAUAUAAUUAUUUAUUAUAUUAAAAUAUUGUCAUUGGCUCAAUCAGCAUUCAUUUAAUUAGCUUUCUCAAUGUUUUUUUGUUUAUGUAAAAUGGCUUAUAGGAAAAGACCAAGGGAAAGAAACGUGUAACUACAGACAGUGGAGCAGGUGAGUUAACAGAACUCAUGGUGUCAGAUAACUUGCUGGACAUGUAGGUACUGAAGAUGUUAUCCAGUCAAACCCAUCUUUAGUAACUUGUCCAUGUGCUUUGUUAGCUGGCCAAAUAUCAUUAAGGAAUAACUUGAAACAAAGAAAGAAAACAAUGAAAGAAAAGACAAUCCUUUUAAUUAUACUGCAAAUGAAGUAUUAUACGCUUUGAAAUAUAAAACCACCAAGUAAGGGGCUAAUAUUUUAUCAACUAACCCAUGGAAAUGUUGUAAGGACACAAGUUUUACACUCUUUAAGAUUUUGACCCUGUACUGCAGAAAUUGCAUAGAACGCAACAUGUUCCAUAUGAAGGUAUUGUUUGUAUGCAAUACAUUGUAAAUUGCUGCAUGCAAAGGUAUUAAUUUGGGAACUGUUUUCUUCUAGCAGCAGAUGAUGGUGACAAAGACAACCAAUCAGUUAGUUCAAGUGUUGGUGAAACUAAUGACAGUGCUGCAUCAUCUCCAAGCUCCUCACAGCAGCAGGUCAAUGAACUAUCAACAAGUGCUGUUACUUCUUCCAAGUUCCAACCAGUGGAUCCUCUUCAUUUUUUUCAGUGAACUUUGAAGGCAGUGACAAAGGAAGUAUUGGGAUGGAUGAAAAUUCUUGCAGCGGAUUUGAUCUAAAUGAAGACAGUAAUUUAACAAGUAUAAAUGAUGGUAAUAAUGAUGACAAUGAAGCUGAUAAUAGCUACAUCAGCAAUGAAGAUGAUGAAAAUGAGGAUAAUGAAAUUGAUGAUGAUGAAAAUGAUGAAGAAAAUAAUGAAGAUGAUGGUGGUGAAGAAGAUGCACAAAAUGGAUUUGAAGGAGAUGAAAGUAACCUUGCUCCAUCACUUGCAAGGUAAUUUUAAUCUACAUUUUAUUUCAGAUUGAGGAAUGAUUUUUUCUUAGAUCUACUUUUGAACAUAAUGUAAAUUAAAGUACUGGACAUGUGAUAGUCUCCCUCUAAUGUUAGUGUCAAUGGCAAUUUCCAUUUCCAGUGUCACCAUCGAGGUACAUGGAUAUCUUUUUGUACAUGUACACUGUAAUUACACUGAGGUAAAGCUAGUUUGACCAUUUGUAGUGAAUACUAAAUUAGGUAAGGGUCUGUGAAUUAGCUUCCCGUUUGUUAAUUUAAACCUUGCGUUUGUGUAGCGAGGAGAGUGCCACAAUUUCAUACAGACUUGGAAUGGGAAUGGUGCCUGAUGAUGAGGACUCUAGGCCAGGCUUUGAUGAUGGGAAUGAUACUUCCUUGCAACCAGGGACAGGUCUGGCUGGAGAAGAUGUACCUUCCAGUGAUCCUCCCACUCAGAUAACCACUGAUAUAUCAAGUGUGUUAGAGCAGGAUAGCAUUCAGGAGGUAAACUGAAUUUUGGGGAAAGUUUUGUGGUUCAUAUUUAUCAUAAUCUGAUCUGAAAAAUUUUCUUUAGUUUCAAAUUUGUGUUCCUUUAUGUGACAACAAAAAGAAUUUUUUUGAAAUGUUUCAAAUCAAGUUAUUUUGAACCACCAUUCAAUGACUCCAAAUAUCUCUAAUAGCAGUGACUCUAUACAGUGUUAAAGGUGGCAUUACAUAGCAUCUUUAAAUUUUGAGAGUUCAUAAUAAAUAGGCUGUACGUUAUGUCGAAAUUGAUGUUGCACCAAUUAAGAUCUUACUUGACUGACAGAUGAAAGUAGUCAAACUGAAACCUUACAUAGUAGGAAUCAGUUAUGCUUCACGAGAUUAUUACUCAUGAACUUGACUUUGUACUCAAGUCAAGGCUGUUGUCUAAGGAAAAUUGAAGGGAGCCCAGUGCUCUGAACCUGUAAAAUAUAGGGUGCCUAGCAUAUGAUGUAUAUGACAAAAGUAAGAUUUUCUAUUCGCCCAAGAGCAAAAGUUACAUAUGUAGGUGCCAGGGGCCACCAGGCUCUGCUAUAGCACAGACCUGGCCCUGGUUGUUCAAAUGUUGGAUUGUGCUAUCCAACAGAUAAAUUACUAUCCAGCUGAUAAGUAUGAGGGAAACCAAUAUUGCGUUAUCCACUGGAUAGAGAUUUAUCCAGUGGCUAGUGUUUUCCACCUUUCGAACAAUUGGGGCCUGAAGUCUUCAAAAAUAUUAUAGUGCAAAAACAUUAUGAGGCUUUUUUUAGAUCCUAGACAACUAGAGUAUUAAAACGUGUGUCAAAAUUACUUUUGCUUUAGGAAAACGAAUCUCCACCUGUCAAAAGACUUCGGACAGAUUCUCCCACUGAUCCCCAAGAACAGUAGAGCAGCAUGUAUAUUAUUACGUAAUUAUAAUAUUUUCUCCUACAAGUAGAAAUUUAUUGAAAUGAUAUUUAUGAGGAUUGUAUACUUAAUUAUAAUUUCAACAAAUAGAUUUCUAUUUAUGUCACUUUGGUUCGUUUCCUCAGGUUAAUAUAUUCCUUGCCACCGCUACUUCUAUCAUCAUUGUAAUGGGUUUAUUUUUAUCACCAAGAACGUUUUGUUGUACAGUACAAACUCUUCUAAGUCACAGGGAAAGCUUCUUUGAAUCAUUUAAAUUUUGCACAAUCCUGUAAUCUAUAUUGUGCUUGAUCACUAUAGGUUAUUGUGCUUUUUUUUGUCUUGUUUGAAACAUUCACAACAAGUUGUGUCACAUCCAAAAAGUGAUUAGAACAUAGUCACUUUAUAAUUAAGAGUAAGCCAAAUCUCAAAAAGGUUAAAACCUUAUUGGUAAAACAGCUUUUCCUGACAGAAAAAUAGUUUGUUUAAAAGUAAACUGUAUUAUAUGUAAUAUAGUCUUUUAUAUAUUUUGUUAUGUGCUUAAAUAUUUCUUUGCAGAUACAUUAAAUUGUUGUACAAAAUUUUUGUUCUGGUUUCAGUUCUGGAAGUAUUUGUCAGUUGUUUCAUAAGUAAUAUUAAUGUCUAACGAACCCAUGAUUCUCAUAAAUGUGAGGCUUUUUUCUUUCGCAGUAAGGAAUUUUGAAGUCUUAUCUUUAGUUUUAACAGUGCAUUUGAAUGGUAUCCAUAUCUUACAGACAUUUAGCCAUUUUUCACAAGAGAUGUUUUGUAUGGUAUACAAUGAUAAUGAUGGCAAAGGAAGUUGCAUUUAAAUGAAUGCACAAGUUGUCAUGGUCAUGAAAGAAACAUUACUAGUAGUAUUUGCUGGUACUGUUUUUUGGACUGUUAUAUUAUGCCUUGUUCACCAAUUUUUGCCAGUGUUAUGACAUGGUCAGUGACAAUAGGCAAUGUUAUUGCCCUUUGUAAUUAUUAUUAUGAUUAUCACAGUGUUUGUACCCUUUUUUGAACAAAAAAUAAAGGACUUUUAAAGACUUUCAAGGACACAUUUCCCAUUUUCCUAGGACUUCAUUCGGUGCAGAGAGACUUGAGUUUGUCUUCGUUAGUUCUUCCACAACAUGAGUAAUUUUAUCCUGAAGGUCUUUCUGUGUUUGCUCCUUGUCCUUUGGAGUUCUUAUUAUAACGUUAGCAUCGAAAUUCAAGGACUUUCCAGCACUGGCUGCAAUUUUCAAGGACUUUCAAGUACUUGCAAACCCUGUUAUCACUAUCAUUAUCAAUUCACUUAAAAAAAACAUCCCCAUCCAAGAUCAUAGACAGAGAAAAAUGAAAAUAUAUUAUAAUAAAUAUUAUCUUUAUCAUUAUUAUCAUCAUUAUGUUGUUUCUUAUGUCAAUCACAACACAGCAGUAUUAUAUGCUUGUUAAGGCUGCGUAGCACCAGAAACCCAAAAGGAGUUUAAUCAACCCCUUCUGAGUUUCUUGUGGCACUCAUUGGAGUCAACAUGGAGGUUUUAUUCUGAUAGAAUCUGUUAGUUUUUAGAGGUCAAUAUACUACCAAGCUUUUGUUUCACACUCCAUUGCUUCAACGUAGCUGAGCUAAAGCAUGACAAAACUUGGGUGGCUUAUGGAAAAUUGGUUGUCAAUAUAAGCUUGCCAUCCUCUCUAAUGUAAACUUGGGAUUAUCAAGACAGUGUUUGCCUUGGC